CGCGAUAACAGUUGGACUCGCGCAUGCGCACUCGUCUUGUUGAUGAGCGCUAGCUUCGCUUGUGGAGGACUUCGGUGGAUUUCCUCUCAAACUUUGGGAAAACUACCCGUUUUCUCGUCGUUCAGUUAGCCGGCUGCGCACAGACUUUGUGCGGCUUCGUUAUUCCAUCAUGCUGCAGUUUCUGGCUGGUUUCACUUUGGGGAAUGUUGUUGGGAUGUACCUCGCUCAAAACUAUGAUGUUCCCAACAUAGCCAAGAAAAUUGAAGCUUUUAAGAAAGACGUGGAGGCCAAGAAGAAGCCCCCAGAGUGAGCAGAACGGGACCAUGCUGCAAGCAGCGGCAGACUGUGUGCAGAGGAACUAUUUAUUUUGCAGGGUUAUGGUGAAAUGCGUGUACAUUUGAUAAGAGUCGAUUGUGUAUGAAAAUAUAAACAGUGCCUGGAACAGUAUUUGUUUCCUCUCUUAGUUUUAUGGGCGUGCUCCCAUUGUAGCCUAUUUUUCUAAAGAUAAAUUGCAGCUAUCUAUUGGGAUCACUUUAAGUCCAGGUCGCUGGCCUUUUCUACGAUGCACUGUGGUGUUGUAAUCUACACAUGCCAGUAUAAAACUUCCACCUUAGAUGUGUGUGUUCUAUAAAAUGAAAAAUAGCACAGCUUGCGCUAUAUUGUUACACAAAUGCUAAAAAUCGCUGUCACAGUAACCAACUUGUCAAUUCCAACUGCCAAAGGUUCAAGUACACAGUUUGACUUAUUCAUCUGACAAUAAAAUGAUAAUAAUAAAUGUUUAAGUGUCUG